AUGGCGCUGUGUAACAUCCACGAGGAGAUACGGGAAGAGCAGAUGGAAUGGUGUUCAAUUUUAGGACCAUAUAUACCCCUAGCUGUCUUGGGUAUUGUAUUGAGUGAACAAGCGGAAGCGUCUCUGCUUGAUUGGAUGCCCGUUGACAGUCGACUCUGUGCGGUUCGUUUGGCAACAUCUGUGAGAGAAUCUAGAGAAAGUGAGGUUCAUCGCACCCUGUUUAUUGUGUCUGCAUACACCCCAAUUGACUGUAGCUCUGAAUCUGCCAAGGAUAGUAUCUAUAAAGCUGUCUUGGGUAUUGUAUUGAGUGAACAAGCGGAAGCGUCUCUGCUUGAUUGGAUGCCCGUUGACAGUCGACUCUGUGCGGUUCGUUUGGCAACAUCUGUGAGAGAAUCUAGAGAAAGUGAGGUUCAUCGCACCCUGUUUAUUGUGUCUGCAUACACCCCAAUUGACUGUAGCUCUGAAUCUGCCAAGGAUAGUAUCUAUAAAGUUCUAGGUGCCCUUCUACAACAGGCUAAAAGCUCAGAUAUAGUUGUGCUUGCUAGUGAUAUGAAUGUCAAGCGCUGCCGAGGCCUGAUUGGGUGGUCGUCUUGGUUCGGACACGAGAAGCACGGACAUCGGAGACCGGUUACUUCAAAUGUGUGCCGAUCACAGACUAUUCCUUUGCAGUACGAAUUUCCGGAACAGCGGACAUCGCUUGACAACUUGGUGCCCACCAACAAACCAGCGCCGAAUCCACAUAGACCACAUCGCCGUCAGUUAUCGGUGGCGAGG